UUUAUCAAACUUUGUCCCCAUCGGAUGCUUGUAAAUUAUAAAAAAAAAAGUUAGCAGUCCAGUUGAUUCUAGUGUUAAUCAUUGUUUCUUAAUUAACGAAAUGACGACUUUCACAGGAAAUAUGUUAGCGGAUGCUUUGGCUGUUUUUACCUCACUCUUGUUGAUAAUCUACACAUAUUUCAAGUGGACUUACCAAUAUUGGGCCAGGCAAAAUGUACCUUAUCUGGAACCUACUAUUCCUUUUGGCAACCUUUCUAAUCCUCUGAAUAUCAAGGAGUCAAUUAGUGAUACGAUAAAAAGUUUGUACGACAGAGCUCGAGCAAAAGGUUAUAAGUUCUGCGGGGUAUACGCUAUGGCAAGUCCUAUUGGCUUAAUUGUAGACUUAGAGCUAGCGAAGCACGUAAUGACGAAGGAUUUCAGCAAUUUCGUGGACAGGGAUAAUUUUGUGAACAUCAAGGAUGAUCCUUUAGGAAGUCACCUCUUUUCCAUUGGCGGUAAGAAAUGGAGAAACCUGAGGGUCAAAGUUACCCCCACCUUUACUUCCAGCAAACUGAAAGCUAUGUUCCAGACGUUAACGGACUGUGGUGUAAUUUUGGAAAGGUACAUUCAAGAAACACUCACCAAAGAGGACGCUAUCGCUGUGGAUAUCAAGGAAGUAUUUGCUCGUUUUACAACUGACAUCAUCGGUUCUUGCGCUUUUGGCAUAGAGUGUAACAGCUUCAAGGAACCAGAUUCGCUCUUCAGAGUAUCCGGCCAGAAGUUCUUCACCAUGACCAAAAUGAAAGGCUUGCGUCUUGCCAUAAGAUCCAACUUUCCUGCCCUUGGAAAGCUGCUGAAGAUACGAGCUGUUGAAAAAGACAUCACGGAGUUCUUCGUCAAAGUCGUCGAAGAUACUGUCGCCUACAGAGAAACGAACAACGUUAGAAGGAACGAUGUUUUGCAGCUGCUUAUCGAUAUAAAAAAUAACAAGGAAGGCCGGGAGAAUGGGUACAAGGGGGACAGCAAAUCUCUGACCAUGGACGAACUAGCGGCGCAAUGCUUCAUCUUCUUCCUUGCAGGCUUUGAAACUAGUUCGACCACAGCCUCUUUCGUCUUGUACGAACUGGCCACUCAUCAGGACAUCCAAGACAAAGUCCGAGAAGAAAUCCGUACGGUUUUAGCGAAGCACAACCACAAAAUCAUUUACGAUUCACUUAGCGAGUUGACGUAUAUGAAGCAAGUUAUUGACGAGGCUCUAAGGAAGUAUCCACCGCUCCCAAUGGUCAGUAGACUAUGCGUAGAAGACUAUAAGGUACCUGGGGAGGACAUCGUUAUAGAGAAGGGCACCAGGGUGUUUAUUCCCAUCGUGGGGUACCACUAUGAUAAGGAAUAUUACGAUAAUCCUACCGAAUUUGAUCCAGACAGGUUCACAGAGGAAAACAAGAAGGCCAGACAUCCAUAUGCUCACAUUCCCUUCGGGGAAGGGCCCAGGGUGUGUAUAGGUAAGUUUAGAAGGUGA